AGAUUAUUUGCUGAGCUGUUGUACUUUUACGGUCUUACUAAUAAAAAUAUGUUAAACAACUGUUUAACGUCUGAUUACUUAUUCAAUGAAUAAGGCGUGAAUAGCUAGAUAUACACUACUUUACUAAUAAACAGUGUAUAAGCCUUGAGUAACUAUUUAAUUGUUAUAACACUAACCGCUGGUAACAUUUUGAGAAGUGUUCCGAAACCUUAAAACGAUAAAAACACCACACUUUUCUAUUUUUAUUUUUCUUUGAUAUUUACAUCAUUUUAUUUACCAGUGACUAGAAAAUAAGAAAUGAACAAUUUCUGUUUAUUGCAAAAUAUUUUCAGUGUACAUACAUGUAGAUAUUUAAAUUAUUACUUUUUUACAUUUUGCAAUCGGUAAAAUGUAAUCUAUAAUUAAGAAUAUGUUUUGAACGCGCUUUGAAACGUCAAAUGUCAUUUUCCGCAAAAUAGACAAACUCGUCGUGUUGUUUUUCAACAAUUAUUUUCAGCAAUGGAAACUGAAAACAUUUGUAUUGUGGCAAAAAAGAGGAAGCGGGCUGCAAAUUGGGAUUCCUUAGAAAAGAAUUUAUUACUGAAUUGCGUCAAAGAACAUAUCUCGGUUAUUGAAAAUAAAAAUACAGACACAAACACCAACAAGGCCAAACUAAGAGCAUGGCAGAAAAUUACUGAAAGGUUUAAUGAACUUAAUAAUAAAGAAAGAACAACUGUAGAAAUAAAGCAGCAAUGGCGUUUUAGUAAAUUAGAUGCUAAGAAAAAAUUAUCUAAUUAUAAAAGAGACCAGAAUAGAACAGGUGGUGGUCAAAAGCCGCAAAGCCCAGAUCCUGUGACUAAUGAAAUAUUAGAUAUGAUUCCACAGGAAUUUGAAGUGGAUUUUAAUAAAUUUGAUAGUGAUGGCACUAUAUUUCAGGAAACUACACAUACGGAAAUUCAGUCCAAUGAUGUCCAAAUUGAAACCAAUGAAGUUGACCCGAUGGAGGUUACCUUUCAAGGGACCAUUCUCAGUCCUCAACAUGAGAAAGAAAAUACCGAAGGGAUGGUAGAUAAAUGUGUAACCCCUAAAGGUACUAUAACUACGCGAAGAGUAAAGCAGAAGUUACCAUUUAAACAUAAGGAUGAGCAGACAAUGCGAAACCAAGUUCUCAUUGAUGCUAUAAAGGCUGAAAAUGAUGUUAAAAUAAAACAUAUGUUAGAAGCCCAUGAGUGGGCAAGAGCUGAACAUGAGCUUCGCUUAAAAAAUUUAGAACUUCAAAAUAUUUUAUUACAAACCCAAAUAAAUAAAAUAAAUUCUCAGUGAAAACUUGUUCUUUUAUUUAAGUAAAGUCAAAGUUAUUUAUUUCAAAUAGACCAGGAAGGCACUUUUGAACGUCAAAGCAAAUAUAAUAAUAUAAAUAACGUCUGUCUGUCGGUCAGUCCUCUAGUGAAACUAUUUGCUCUUUCCAAAGUGUAGAUUCCUAUAGAGAAGAACGAGCAAGAAACACCAUAGGUUACUCUUUUUCAAUCAGAUUCACAAUACAAUUCUUGGUUACAUUGUUUGAUUGCUUCAACUAUGUGCGAACAAUAUAAAACUAAUAUUCAGUCAAAGCAAUAGAAAA